AUGUAUGGGCAACGAGUGUGCAUUCCAGACUGCUACAGAGCAAAAAUAUUAGACGAGUUGCAUCAUGAGCAUCUUGGUGUAGUUAAAAUGAAAGCAGUUGUCCGAUCUUUCGUGUUUUGGCAAGACACCGACCAAGACAUAGAAAACUCUGAUAGAAACUCUUUGAACUAUGCAAGGUUCAAAACGGACCCAGGAAAAGUUCAUCAUGGGGAAUAUCCCAGUGCACCAUGGGAAAGAGUGCAAGUUGAUUUCGCAGGCCCUAUAUUUGAACGAAUGUUUCUACUCAUUGUUGACGCCAAUUCAAAAUGA